CCAUCCAAACAGUUUAAACUCCGAAGCUCUGCUGUGCCUCGGUGCUUCCCUCUGAUAAAGAAGGAUUUGGGGGACUGGAGCCGGUAGCACUGAGAACAUAUGAGCCGCCACUCUUCUCUUAGGAAACGCAACCAACACCUUGCAUCACGGAGGCCCAGCAUGAAUAUUAACUGUGCUGGUGGGAAGAGGAAUCUGGAGUCCACUUGCUCUGUAGAAAAUGGAACUGUAGCAGUGCGUGAGACAGAAGAAGGUGAUGUGGUGCUUGGAGGUCACAGCCCCUCUGCAGGCCUCAGGAACGAGGGUUUAGAUUCUGACUACAGACACACUGCCUGCCCAGCCAGCCCCCAGUUCAGCAGCAUGUUGUCUGCUUCUGAAGAGACACACAGUUGUCACUUCCAAGAUGGAAAUAAAAGACAGGCAGAAUAUUUUAAUGCCCAGGAGCGCCAUGCUUUGUCUUCAAGCAUCAAUUCACAGACAGUGGCUCCAGAGAAAGUGACACUUGUGGUCGAUGGCACUCGAUUUGCUGUGAAUCCACAGAUUUUCACUGCUCACCCUGAUACUAUGCUGGGAAGAAUGUUUGGACCAGGAAGAGAAUAUAAUUUCACCAGGCCAAAUGAAAAGGGAGAAUAUGAAAUUGCAGAAGGAAUUAGCUCAGCUGUGUUCCGGACUGUGCUGGAUUAUUACAAGACUGGAAUAAUAAACUGUCCUGAUGGGAUUUCCAUCCCAGACCUUCGAGACACCUGUGAUUACCUCUGCAUAAACUUUGACUUCAACACAAUCAAAUGUCAAGAUUUAAGUGCUCUUUUACAUGAGCUCUCCAAUGAUGGUGCUCACAAGCAGUUUGACAGCUACCUGGAGGAGCUCAUUCUGCCUAUCAUGGUGGACAGUGCCCGGAAAGGGGAGCGUGAAUGCCACAUUGUUGUGCUGACAGACGAGGACACUGUGGACUGGGAUGAAGAUCACCCUCCUCCCAUGGGCGAGGAGUAUUCUCAAAUCCUUUACAGCUCCAAGCUGUACAGAUUCUUCAAGUACAUUGAGAACCGAGAUGUUGCAAAAGCUGUGUUGAAGGAGCGGGGCCUGAAGAACAUUCGCAUUGGCAUUGAAGGAUAUCCCACCUGUAAAGAGAAGGUGAAGAGGAGGCCGGGUGGCCGCUCAGAGGUGAUAUACAACUACGUCCAGCGGCCGUUCAUCCAGAUGUCCUGGGAAAAGGAGGAGGGCAAAAGCCGUCACGUUGACUUCCAGUGCGUCCGGAGCAAAUCUCUAACAAACCUGGUCACUGUGGGUGAUGACGUUUCGGAGGACCAUGAGGUUAUAAUGCACCACCCCCCACAGGUAGAUGAACUGGAUAGGCUAAAUGCACCAUUCUCCCAAAUGGCUGUUAAUGAUCUACCUGAUUAGUCAUGGCUCCGGCUUGAUGUGGGAACAUCUCAGCGUAGUUUCAUCCUAGUAAUGGAACACAGACUCCUUGCAAGGUGCUUUAUCCUCAUUCGUCUUCUUACUAUGUUGUCAUAUUUCAAGCAUGUUAAUAAAGAGCCACGCUCUCUAGCCUAAUUGUGCAAUCAAAAGCAACAUCUCCAACAAAAAGAACAUGUCGCUUGUUUCCACUACAAAGGCUUCCAGACUGAUGGGUGCUGAAUAUUUUAAGUAAACUUCUGAAAGAGGAGCAGAAGUGUUUAGAAAUGACAUGAGAGAGGAAACUGUGGGCCUGUCAAGACAAAGCUUCUAUUUGCCAUUAGAUACUUAGGUUUGCUUUUGUGAUAAUCUGCACCAGACAUCAAAGCAAGGCAGGUGAUGCUCUUUCAUCAGCCAGCAGAAAUGUAGCACGGUUGUGGCAGCAGAAAGCUGAGAGUGGGGAAAUGACAGCAGAAUGCUGCAUGAGGGAAUCUGUUUACACUGCCACCUGGCUUUGCAUGCAGUGUGUACAGCUGUUCUAGGGAGCACCUCUCAGGGGUGUUCAAGGCCAGGUUGGAUGGAGCAGCCUGAUGUGGGCUGGAACUGGAUGGUCUGUGAGGUCUUUUCCAACCAAAGCCCUUCUCUGAUAAUAGGAAGUAUGAGACUCUUCACAGGAGCUUCCUGUAUAAUACUUCUGCAUCAGAUGAAGUGACUUCAGAGAUACUGUCUGUGAAGUUCAUUAAAAUGAGCAGAUUGUGCUGGAGGAAAAAGCCAGGAAGAAGACUAGUUGAUUUGUUAGCAACAAAGUCAGUCAGUUCAGUAGCAUAGAAGAUAUAAGAAGCUUUCUAAAGGUGGCUGUGUGUGUUAAAGAAUUUCUUUCCUCGUCCUUUCUAAGAAAAAAAAAUAAUGCUGGAGCUGAGCAAAAUCUGUUUGCAUCAACCUCAUCAGUGAAGAUUUCCAUAGGCUGUCCAAGGAGCAUUCCAAUCACAGGACCUUUCAGCUUCUGAAGGCCGCUCUCUUUCCUCCCAGUUUGGAACCGUCUGGACUCUGUCACAGUCAGGCACAUAAGAGACAUCAACAAUAAAUGAGACUUCAGCAGGAAAAAAAUGCACAUAGCUGGGAACAAUUGCCCUCUGCUGCUCUAAGUACAGUGUUCUGUAUUUAAUUCUAUUCAUUUUGGAUUCAGGGCCAACAAAUCUGUGACUGUAGGUGUAAACACGCUCCGGGCUGCUUAACUCACUCGUGUUGGAGUGUAGCUGUCCUGUUCCUGCUGUGUGCAGUUCCCUACAGGCUGCUUAACCCACAGGUGAGCACACAGUGCAUUCAGUACAGCCAGAGCUGAGCAGGCAGGUGAGCAAGCACAGGCCUACCUUACACAGCCAGCAUUUCUGAGGGCCACAGAGAGACCCAAAGCAGUGCUGUUCCUAACUUUGACGUUGUGCUGGUACAAAGCAAAGCUGAAACGCACUCCAAAAGCAUGAGAGGAAAACAGCUCCUGUAAGUUCAGGUCAGUUCUGCUCUUGUAAUUGACUGGUGUUUGUGCUGCUUGGUGUGUAAGUUACUUGGCCAUACGUAAAGUAGAGGUAGGUGUCAGUCUGCCCCUAGAAGCUUUGAUCCUUUUGUCGUCAGGGUUGCAUCGAGCAAGUUCUCAUUAUUUUCUGUCUGCAAACUGUAAGGUAGGCUUGGUGCUGAACUUUGCUGUUCCUGUUUUGUUGCUAUGGAUGUAUUGUUUUCCUUCUCUGUGUAAGGAACAUGAAUGCCUUUCUGGUUAAGAGUAACAGCACCGUCUCUGCCAGCGCUGUGCUGAUGUGUUUCGUUCCCAUUUGUAUGGAUAUGGGUUCUGUUAUCAGCAGUGUUCCUUUUUCCUAAGUGCAGCAAAUAUCUCUCUUCUUUUAUAAGUGCCUACAGGAAGAUUUCCAGAAGUGCUUCAGGCCCUCCUGAGAGUCUUAGGGGUUGAGGCCCACCUGACUUCUGAAAAGUCCUUUCUGUGUGUUAGUGGAUCAGCAUAGAGAAGUGUCCUUCAGUGUCUGCACAGAGGCAGUGUAAGUCAUGUGCAAUCACUUCCCGUUGUUCUAGAUGGAUUUCUAUUGUUGUAUUAGAGAACAAAAGCUAUGGCUAUGGCACAUUGAGCUUCCAGCAGAGGUCCAGGCCAAGUCCAUUAGCUGCCAAAGGACUGAGCAGCUCCCAGCAUUAAGCAUAGGCAAUGGUGAGGCUGCCCCCUGGCAGUGAUGGAGCCUGGCUCCAGGCCCUGUGGAUUUUGGGUGUCUCUAUUUUUACAGCAGUAUGAGUUUGAAGCAAACCUGUGCUCAGCUGGGAGUGGGGUUUACACAUUCCCCAGGCGUGUGGAUCAAGCAGGCCCUCACUUGGAGGCUCAGAAUGUCACUGCCUUGUUAACUUUCUGGUGCUGUGCAACCAGUGGGACCUUCAGCACAGGAUGGGGGCCUGGCUUCUGGGGGCCUGGCUUCUGUGCUGUACAUGCACUGUUCUGCAGACACUGAAAUGACACUCUAUUGGUGUUCCCAAGUAGCUGGGGGUGCAUUUGGGAUUUAUUUGUAGUAGAGUGAGUUCUGCUGGAACACUACAUCAAGGUGAAGAAGUUUGCAUUUGCUUUUCCUCCUUUUCUCGUAGUUGCCCGCCAUUCAGGCAGAAGUGUUUGGUCUUAUUUGAGAUAUACUGAAGUGUUAACUGUGGUGUCCAUGAACUCCUGCAGCUGUAUGGUUUCUUUUAUGUAUUAAAGCAUAAAUUAUAUGUGGUUGUUUGGGCUCUUUUAAAUGUGGAAUAGAAUAGGUAGGGGAUUGUAUUGCUAUAAUAGUUGAACUAGAUGAGGUCCUUUCCACCCCAAACCAUUCUAUAGGUAAUGUGGAGCCCAGCUGACAUUUAAUGGAUUGACUGACAACUGUGUGUUUACUAAGAGGAUUUUAUUUACAUACCCAAUGCAAAGAUCAAUCCACACGAUCCAUCUGCCAAGUUUUACAGUGCAAUUUAGUAACAGCUUUUAAAUAUUUACAGAAAACACUUGUUCAAAUUACAGCUUAAGGCAGAGCCAGGGCACAGUGAUAAGAAACACUUGGUGCAGGUUUAUGCUAGGCAUGAUAGAAAGACAAAGUGGCAGCAAAUUCAGGUUCAGAUUCAUUGGAAAUUCAGAUUGGGAUUUUUCCUAGAAGUCCAGCUGGGUAACAAAAUGCAAUCAAUAAAAACAGCCCUGCUAGCAGCUUGAAAAGAGAGCUGAGAUCUACAUGAGCUCAAUCCACAAACCAGCAGCUCAUACAGAGGUUUGGCUGACAGAGAGGGGAGGGAACAAUCACACACCAAUCUUCAAGUACAGCUCCUGGAAGCAACAGGGGCUUGGUUAGCACCUGUAGCAGGAAGCAGGUGCAAGUGUGAUCCAAAACCUACCAGUGGAAAGGGAUGCCCAAGGUGUUCAGAGGACUGCAUGCAGCCCUGUGGCUCCUACUGAAAGGCACAGAAAUGAGGUACCCAACUGUUCCUUGCGCCUUAUGAAAGCUUUAACUCAAAACUGAGGUUUCAGACUUUAAAACACACGCACUAAAAUGCACAAUAUGUAUUAUUACAGAGAUUCUCACAGCAAGUUGUCACAACUUAGAGUGGUACAGCUUCUCUUAUCUUUGGUAUUUGUAAAGAAAACGUCCGGUCCCUUUAAUAGAGGGCUAAUAAUGCCACUGCUGCCCCCAAAUCCUUCAUCCUCAUCCGCUGCAGCUUCAAAGGAUUUUGCUUUCUGAAGUCUUAAGGCAGUAACUAAGCUGUUGGGAAUUUCUAAGCAUUCAUUCCUCUCGCUUUCCUAGUGGUUCAUAAGGCAACAUUUCCCAAUGGUUCAAAAUAAACUGCAGGAUGAGGACAGGACAGUUGGACAAGUAGCUGUCAGCCCUCUACUGAAAAUAAAGGUAGGAUGUCAUGGUACUGACACAAAGCUGGAUCCUGUAAUCAUUGCUUCAGUUAGCCCUUAUUCAUGAGUAAUUCCUCCUGGCUGCAGUGCUGGUGCUUCUAUCAAGGCCAUCCUUGCAUUUCAGCUUUUCUAGGAUCCAACUGGUAUCUAAGCUGCUUAUGGCAAAUAGUUCAACUCCUGGGACACGUCCUAAAAGCACAGGGGUGGCCAUGGAGAGGAUGCAGCGAGGCACCACCCAGCCUUAACUACAUACAGGCAGCUUUCAGCCCCCACUCAGGCCCUCACAAUGGCACUCAAUUCAAAAGACAUCUGGCUGAGAAGUCCUUAAAAGCACCUAUUAAAAAAUUCACAACAAACCCUAUUUUCUUCUAUUUCCUAAUCUAGAAAGUUAGAACUAAGCAUAACAGAACGUUCCCAUUACUCUGAAACACUGCUCUCUUUGUUUCCAAAUAGCUCUUCUGGCCAUGCCAUGCCAUUAGCAUUCAGCACCAACAAAGGUUUAACAGCCUUAAGACAGUUCUAACUGAUCCAUGCUUUUAGAGACCUCAUUCCAAUGUUGAAAACAUCUAAUUGCAAAUUGCAAGAGUGGCAGCAAGCAAUCCUGAAGGGUGAUGCUACCUGCCACUGGAAGUGCAGCUGACUACAAAACAGGGGCAAAGUGGAGCUCGUGAUUAUAAAAAGAAAUUACCAAAAGCUCAGCUGAGGCAGAAUCCUCCCUCCCAAAAUGCAGACGUGUUCCCAGAGAUGUUCAGGCAUGGAAAGGCACUUUGGGGCUCUCCCAGAGAGCAGCCUGAUCAGAACUUGUAUAAACGACACAAGGCAAAAACGUAGAGUAGGCUGUGGGUCCAACCACCCCAAACUGAGCACGUGAGGCACUGUGUCCUAUGGAGACCACAGGGACAGCUGCUGCUGCUCCCAUCCCAGAGCAAGAAAGCCCCAGAAGAUGGUUGUUACAGCUGGUGAAGGAUGGCCGUGUCAAAAUGGCCAACAGAUGGCAGCAGCAGGAAGCAGACAGACACCACCGAGCAGCCGAAAUCCGUUCUUCCUCCAUCCGCCUGCACGAAUGCAGCCCCAGCUGUAGCCUCCGUUAUCUGCACCGCUUGUAGGUGUGCUGUCACACAGGAACUGAGAAUGGCUGGUGGGAGAAGCGGCCCGUUUCUCUUAGCACUGUCUGGGGAAACAAAACCAAAAGUGCGCAAUUGUUUUUAAUGGCUUUGAGGGGUCACUGCUUCAGUACCAAAAGUAAAGUGCACUGCAACUUGAGGCCACUGCUACGGAGCUGAGAAAUGCUGCUGAAGAGGCUUCCAAGUAGCAUCAUAAAAUAAAAGAAAACCCAUCACUACAAACUAAAGUUAAGGCAAUACAAGUUGUCUCCUCCUAGAUAGUUUUACCACACAUUUGUCUGCCUCAAGCUUUAAUUAUUGCUUUGUCUCCUCUGUACUGAAGUCCUUUGCCACCAGGAAACACUGCUGGUAGAGCUGGCAGAUGCAGUGUAUCUCUUAAUGCAGGGCUGGCGAAGGGCCUCCAUGAACAUCACACACUGCAGAGUCACAUGGAGGCUCGCUCUGAUCCAAAGGUUUGCACAGUCUGCUGAGGAAUUUAGAAAGAAAACUGUAUCUCUUGCUCCCAAAGCAGCAGAACGUGCUUGCAGCAGUGAUGGCAGUUUGUGGAAGUUUGCAAUGGUGCAAGAAAAAGAACAAAUCCUUAGUAACAGCCAGAGUGUGUAACAAAACAGCAUCCUGAAGUCUUCUCCAAGAGGUAAUAGCCCUCAAGUUUUCUUCAAAAAAUACAAAAUAAAAAACAUUUAUUUUUUUUUUUUU